UUAAAAGGCAGUCGAAGCACGCCAUUGGAGAUCAAGGGAGAGAGAGAGAGAGAGAGAGAGAGAGACCCCUCGAGUCCUCGACCCUUCAACGAACUCAACUCACGGAUAGGGCUCCGAUCCCACUCGCUCUCGUCUCCUCCCUACUUGGGAUCCGCAUGCGCCUUGCACCAUGAGGAGCUCUGCGGCGGAGCUCGCGAUGGCCGCGGCGUCGGCGGCGGCGGUGGCGGCGGAGGAGGAGGAGGAGUUCUACGAGUCGCUGGAUCGGAUCCUCUCCUCCUCUUGCUCCUCCACCUCCGCCUCCGACGACGAGGCCGAGCACCACCACCACCGCCGCCGCCGCCGCUCCUCCCACCACAUCCCUCUGCCGCCGCCCGCCGCCGCCGCCGCCGCGGCGCCCUUCGACGUAUGGAUCUCCGAGCCCUCCUCCGUCGAGGAGCGCCGCCGCCGCCUCCUCCAGCAGAUGGGCCUCGCCGGCGACCCCGCUCUCUCCCGCGAUAGGGCCGCCGCCGCCCUGUCGAGCCCCUACGCGGAGGAGCCCUGCGGCCGAGAUCGCGAGCCCUCGCCGUCCCCUCCGACGCUUCCCGUGGCGAGGGAGCCGGAGAUGUGGAGGUCCGUUUCGUGGGUCGAAUCGCCGCCCAAUCCCCCGAGCCCCUUCCCCGUCGCCAACGCCGUGGCGCGAUCCAGAUCCGACGGCUCAGUGGUUCCCGAUCUCGUGAGUACGCCUCUUCCCUCCGCCCCAAGUAAGCCGCCUCUCUGCUUUAGAUCUCACAACAAUGUCGAAAACGACGCCGAGGACGGCGAUCGCCACCAGUACCGGAUCAAGAACCUUGACGACGGAACUGAGUUCGAGGUAAAGGAGUUCCGCGAGGACGGGAUGUGGAACAAGGUCCGGGAGGUCGGCACGGGCCGGCAGCUCACAAUGGAGGAGUUCGAGAUGUGCGUCGGCCGCUCUCCGAUCGUCCAAGAGCUUAUGCGGCGGCAGAAUGUCGAAGACUCCAGCAGCGGCAGUGGCGGUGGCACCGACCCUGCCGGCGAUUCGAAGCCCCGCUCGGUGCCCUCCGGCGGGGGGAGACCUAAGAAGAAGGGUAACAAUUGGCUGCGUAGCAUCAAGCACAUGGCGGGCAAUGUGGUGGCCGGCCGGCACCACCACAGUCGCCGCCACAGCCGCAGCGGCGAUGAGAAGGACACAUCGUCCGAGAAGGGAGGGAGGAGGCUGAGCUCGGCCACCGAUGACAGCCUGGACGGCUCGCGCCCUCCACAAAGCGGGCCGGAGAGGAUAAGGAUCCGGCAGUACGGGAAGUCCUAUAAGGAUCUCACCGGUGUAUUCAUGAGCCAGGAGAUACAAGCGCAUGGCGGGUCAAUUUGGAGCAUCAAGUUUAGUUUGGACGGGCGAUAUCUGGCGAGUGCUGGGGAUGAUUGUGUUAUUCAUGUGUGGGAGGUUUCCGAGUCGGAGCAGAAAGGGGAGGUGUUGGGGGAAUGGGCAGUCGGGGAGAAUGGGAGUUGUUAUCCUUUCUUGGCUGCAAUUGGUAAUGGAUCGCCGGAAAUGGCAUUGCCUCCGAGUUGUAUUGAGGGUGCCUAUGGAGACAAGAAGAGAAGAGCAAAGGUUCCAAGCAGCCGAAAAUCUGUUAAUUCAGACCAUUUGAUAGUGCCGGAACACAUAUUUAUGUUUGCGGAAAAGCCUUUUUGCUCUUUCCGGGGCCAUGGCGAUGAUGUUCUCGAUCUCUCAUGGUCCAAAUCUCAGUGUUUGCUUUCAUCUUCAAUGGACAAAACUGUUAGGCUGUGGCAUAUAUCAAGCAGUACUUGUUUAAAAACAUUCACACACAGUGACUACGUGACCUGUAUCCAGUUCAACCCUGUAGAUGAUAGAUUUUUUAUUAGUGGAUCGCUAGAUGAAAAGGUCCGUAUUUGGAGUAUUCCAGAUCGUAAAGUUGUUGACUGGAAUGAUCUUCAUGAAAUGGUCACUGCUGCUUGUUAUACCCCCGAUGGAAAGGGUGCAUUGGUGGGUUCACACAAGGGGAGUUGCCACUUGUUUGAUACUUCUGAGAACAAGCUACAUUACAAGAGUCAAUUGAAUUUGCGAAUCAAGAAAAAGAAGUCCAGCCACAAAAAGAUCACAGGCUUCCAGUUUGCUCCAGGAAGCUCCUCGGAAGUUCUUAUUACUUCUGCAGAUUCAAGAAUUCGUGUUGUCAAUGGUGCUGAACUAGUUCACAAAUUCAAAGGUUUCCGCAACACGAGUAGCCAAAUCUCGGCCUCCCUAGCACCAAAUGGAAAGUACGUGAUCUGCGCGAGCGAGGACUCCCAUGUCUAUAUCUGGAGAUACGACGAUAACUCUCAGCCGAGUAAAACCAAAGGUGUUGUUAAUGUCACCCACUCUUACGAGCACUUCCACUGCCAGGGCGUGACCGUGGCGGUGACGUGGCCUGGCAUCGGCAAUGGAGGAUUACUUAGAGCUCAGAGCAGCAGCCGGAAUGAUCCAGGUGGAGCAGCAAAAGCCAACCAAGAGGCGCUUUUGGAAAAUAGUGAAAGCCCUUCUGCGACCUGGCCCGAGGAGAAGCUGCUGGCCAACAAAUGCGGCGGUCAAAGCUCUCCCGAGCUUUCAGGUGAGGCGGCGGAGAUGCAACGGAUGUCGGCUUGGGGAAUGGUGAUUGUGACUGCAGGCCAUGGAGGCGGGAUCAGAGUGUUCCAGAAUUUCGGCUUUCCGGUUCAUGUAUAAAAAGGGGCAAAUACACGGAUUCUCUCUGGUUUUUAUUAACCUUUUUUUUCCCCCCUUUUUCUGUAUAGAUGGAUUGUUUGGUGAGGAUUGUACUAUUCUUUGAGUUUUGUUUCAUUUCGAGAUUUCUUCGAGCAGGGUCGGACUAAAGAUCCACACAUUGUUUCGGAUACGGGAGGUCUCUGUGUAAGUAUGAUAUCGCCGCGGUUAAACCCUUUUUAAUCUUUUCUAUACUUGGCUUCAUUUGCGUAGAUGUGGAAGAAAAAUUCAUUUGUAAUGUGGGAGUAAAUUUCUA